AAUCUCCCCAAUUUCUAUAUAUUUAACUUUUCUUUGUUAUUAUACACAAGAAUAAACCCUAAUCUGUCAAAUGGAGAACAAUAAACCACCACACAAGGUCGAGAAUUCUCCGACGUUGAAGUCUCCGGUCACCGAUGAGAAUGGAGAUGAUAAUGGUGUGAAAGUAGUUUGUCCAGCGCCACCGCAAGAUGAUAAAGUUACUGAAGUAGGUUCAAGGGUAAAGGAGGGAGAAGACGAGACUGUAGAAUCAGCCGCGGCAAAAAAGAAGAGAAAGAAGAAGGAAAAGGAAAAGGAGAAGAAGGCGGCGGCAGCAGCAGCGGCCGGAAGUGCAGCGGUUAUUGAAAGUGAACCAAAGAAAAUUGAUUCGAAGACGAACAAGAAAGUGCCAAAGCAUGUUAGGGAGAUGCAAGAAUUAGUGGCUCGAAGAAAAGAGGCGGAAGAGAGAAAGAAAAGAGAAGAGGAAGAGAAGCUAAGGAAAGAAGAAGAGGAGAGACAAAGGAUAAAGGAACUUGAGAGACAGGAAGAAGAGGCUAAACGUAUAAAGAAGGAAAAAGAAAAGACAAAACUACUGGAAAAGAAGCGGAGACAAGAAGCGCAACGUUAUGAGGCAAUGAGAAGGCAGAUUAUCAAUAGCAUGGGGGUUGUGAAUCUUCCUGUUAGGGAGGAUACUGGUGCACCGGCUAAGAAACCUAUUUAUCGGACAAGGAAAGGGCGAUCAACUAUUCGAAAUCAUAAUGGCGAAGCUUCUGUCAAGAUAGAUGAAAGUGGUGAGGCAAAGGAAACUAUAAUUGAUUUAGAUUCAGAGGAACCGUCGGUGCAGAUGGACGACAAUGUUGAACUUCCUGAAGCUGUUGAAGAGGAUGUUGAGGAUGCAUGGGAUGAUAGGGGUGCAUUUGCUGAUGAAGAAGUUGUGCAUCUGAAUGUUGGUGCUAUGAAUAAAACUGUUUCGAAGCCUGCGGUUGAAGAAAUUGAAGACAGAAAGCAGGCCAAAGUUGUGGUUGAGGACAAAAAGAUAAAUCACAAUCCACAACAGUCUGCUGUGUCUUCUAGUCCGAGUGAUGGGAACAACCUCCGGUCGCCAAUUUGUUGCAUCAUGGGUCAUGUGGACACUGGUAAAACCAAACUUCUGGAUUGUAUUCGAGGUACCAAUGUUCAAGGAGGCGAGGCUGGCGGUAUCACCCAGCAGAUUGGCGCAACAUACUUUCCUGCUGAGAACAUACGCGAAAGAACUAAGGAACUGAAAGCUGAUGCAACGCUGAAAGUUCCUGGUCUACUAGUUAUUGAUACCCCAGGCCACGAAUCGUUCAAUAACUUAAGGUCUCGGGGUUCAGGUCUAUGUGAUAUUGCAAUUUUGGUUGUUGACAUUAUGCAUGGCUUAGAGCCACAAACUAUAGAGUCACUCAAUCUAUUAAAAAUGAGGAACACAGAAUUCAUUAUUGCAUUGAAUAAGAUUGACAGGCUUUAUGGCUGGAAAACAUGUCGCAAUGCUCCAAUUCGUAAAGCAAUGAUGAAGCAGUCUAAGGAUGUUAAAAAUGAGUUCAAUAUGAAGGUCACUCAGAUCAUUACUCAGUUCAAGGAACAAGGGCUUAAUACUGAAUUGUAUUAUAAAAACAAAGAAAUGGGAGAAACAUUCAGCAUUGUACCUACAAGUGCAAUAAGUGGUGAAGGAAUCCCAGAUAUGUUAUUACUAUUGGUUCAGUGGACUCAAAGGACCAUGAUUGAGAAACUUACAUACAGCGAAGAAGUGCAGUGCACCGUUUUGGAAGUCAAGGUCAUCGAAGGCCAUGGAACUACUAUUGAUGUCGUUUUAGUUAACGGUGUUCUUCAUGAAGGAGAUCAAAUAGUUGUUUCUGGAAUGCAGGGUCCAAUUGUUACCACAAUUCGAGCUUUAUUGACACCUCAUCCAAUGAAGGAACUUCGUGUUAAGGGAUCAUAUAUCCAUCACAAAGAAAUCAAAGCUGCAAUGGGCAUCAAGAUCACGGCCCAGGGACUUGAACAUGCUAUUGCCGGCGCUAGUUUAUAUGUGGUGAAGCCUGAUGAUGAUUUGGAGUAUAUUAAAAAGGCGGCUUUGGAAGACGUGGAGUCAGUCUUGAGCAGGGUUGACAGGAGUGGCGAGGGGGUUUGUGUCCAGGCAUCUACGCUUGGCUCAUUGGAAGCAUUACUAGAGUUUUUGAAAACUCCGGAAGUCAACAUUCCUGUUAAUGCUAUAAACAUAGGUCCUGUACACAAGAAGGAUGUGAUUAAGGCCGGUGUAAUGCUUGAAAAGAAACGAGAGUAUUCUACUAUAUUGGCGUUUGAUGUCAAAGUCACACCUGAAGCUAGGGAACUUGCAGAUAAAUUGGGUGUGAAAAUUUUUAGUGCCGAUAUCAUUUAUCAUUUAUUUGAUCAAUUUAAGGCUUACAUGGACAACAUUAAGGAGGAGAAAAAGAAAGAAUCUGCUGACGAAGUAGUCUUCCCAUGCGUUCUGAAGAUCAUACCAAAUUGCGUCUUCAAUAAGAAGGAUCCGAUUAUUUUGGGAGUUAAUAUCGUUGAAGGCACGUUAAAGAUUGGGACUCCAAUUUGUAUUCCUUCCCAAGAUUUUAUUGAUAUUGGCCGCAUUGCCUCCAUUGAGAUUAACAAGAAAUCGGUUAAUCAUGCGAUGAAAGGGCAGGAAGUAGCCAUUAAGAUUGUUGGCUGCAAUUCUGAGGAAAAGCAGAAAACAUUUGGGAGGCAUUUUGAUAUCGAUGAUGAACUUGUAAGCCAUAUUUCACGGAGAUCUCUCGAUGUUCUCAAAACUAAUCAUCGGGACGAUUUGUCUAUGGAGGAACGGAAGCUGGUGGCGACAUUGAAGAGACUUUUCAAGAUACAAUGAGACUUGGACUGUAUAUUUUCAAGAUGCAACGAGAGUAUUCAGUUUAGUUCCUACUAAUUAAUGUCCUUCUAUGUGCUUCUCUGGUGUUUAAUGUUGGUAGGUGUAUACUGUCAUGUAUCCAAUGCUCAUCAUAUAUUUCUCUUUAUUGUUUUUCUUAUUAGUUCAUAUUAUAGUUCUUUUCUAGUUUGCUAGUGAGGCUGACUGUGACAGUUGGAAUAAUUCACAAACUUAAUUGAACUGUGACAAUUGGAAUGUUUCACAAACUUAAUUAUGAAUAUUUGAAAUUUGGAAAGACAAAGAGAAAGAGAAACGUGACGAAAAUCUCGACUUAUAAAUUAAAUUUUGAAUU